AUGGAAAGGCCAGAGGGCGAUCAAAACAGCAAGACCCUGGUAUCCAAGAGCGAUGCUAGCUGCUUCAUCUUCUCAUGGCUUACGGCCAACUUUGAGGAGAGGCCCGACGCACUGCUGCUGCGGCCUAAGGCCUACGAACUGUACCUGGCCCACUGCCAGGCCAUGCGCUACGAACACACCAGCAUCGCCGCCUUCGGCAAGCACUUCAAGGUAAGAGCGUUCCCCAACGUGAGCAUGAAGCGGCUGUCGCGCAACGGCCUCGCCAAGAAGCGCUACUACGCCGGCGUGGCCUACAACCCGCGUCCCGCGCCCACCCCCAAGAGCCACGCUCUCGCCAUCACCUGGGUCGAGGAGAACGCCGAGGACAUUUUCCUGGACGUGCGGGAGAAGAGCCCGACCAACAGGCGGAAGCGGGCGCGCGAACCGGGCGGCGGCGUGAGCAGGGCCGAAUGCAGGGCCGAGGCCCUCCCUGACAAUGGCGCCAUCACCAAUCGCGAAGACGAAGUGGAUGCCAAAGAUGGGGAUAAAGAGGAAGAACAAGAAGAAGGCGACGAUGAAGAGGCGGAGGAGGAAGAGGAGGUGAUCGAGCUGGGCAGGCCGAUGACUAGACACGACCGCGUGGUCGUACGCGUCACCCGUGGGCGGCAAACGGCGACCACCCAGCAGCAGAUGAUGGCGAUCGGUAGGGCCGGCGUCCACCUCGGGCUGAUGGGCAUGCUCGACUUCUACAGCCAAAUGUACAUCAAGGAACUGUGGGGCAUCAACCCCAUCAACCCGGCCACCACGGACAUCAAGCUGCUGAGCGUGGGCGCGCGAUCGGAGCAAAGCUCCACGCUGGCGCUCAACAGCUGCCUGCUCAUGAGCAGUGCGAGCUUCCUGGCCGGCCACUGGACGCUUGCCAAGCACUACUUCCACAGGGCGCGCCAGCAUCUGGGGAACCUGUUCGACGCGCCGGACUACGACAUCGCGUGCGUGCUGCUGCCCCUCUCCUGGUGGACCCGCCUGUACUCUGACAAUUUCGCCGAGGGGCUGAGCAAGCAGGCCUACUACGUGGCGCUGGGCAAGCAGAUCUGCGAGAGCGUAGACGCGCGCAACGACGAAACCUACCGCAACUUCGCCUGCAUGCAGGCCACGCUCGCGAAGAAGGACCCCUCGAGUCUCAUCCACGAGUCCAAGCAGCAGAAGCCCUACCGCAGGAGCUGGCGGCCCGACAAGGCGACCAGCAUCGAGGUCCGCUACAUGAUCUCGCAGCUCUACGGCGUCGUCUACCCCAUCUGCGCCUUCUACCAAGAAAAGGGCUGGGACCACCCGGGGUGGGCCGAGCGCAAGGAGCUCCUCAAGCAGAACCUGGGCAUCGCCAACCAGCUCGAGGAGACCCUCAGCGAACAGAUCAAGGCUGACCAGUCGUGCACCCUCGGCGACGUCAUCCGCCGGCUGCGCAACCUCAAGGAGCUCUCGCUCCCGUCCAACAAGCUCACCCGCCUGCCCCGCGAGCUGCUCGACCUCGUCGACUCGCUCAAGGUGCUCGACGUCGAGGACAACCGCUUCUCCGAGCGCGACCUCACCACCACCGAGAUCCUCACCUCCUUCACCAAGGCCAGGAGUCAGCCCAGCACACCGCAGGAGGAGCGACGGAAGGCCGGACGCCCGGCCUCGGCCUAUGCGCCUCGCGAUCCCGGUUUCUUCGUGGAGGGCUACUCCAACCACCUGUACCGCCUCAAGGGCAAGGACAGGAUCGUCAUGCAGGCGGUGGAGGUCAAUAUUUCCUCUCUGAAUGAGGGCGACAGCUUCCUGCUCGACAUUGGCCGCAAGCUGUUCGUGUGGAUUGGCAGCCAGUCCAACCCCCGAGAGCGGGCCAAGGCCAAGUACAUCGCGAACCUGCUGUCCGCCGAGGAGCUCGCCGGCAUUCCCGUCAUCGUCAUCAACGGUACUCAUACCCCUUAG